AUGAAGCAAAUUCGAAACAAUCUUUAUCAUAUAAAACAUCCACAACAUCAAUAUAAUUUCUUUACAACACAAAUCUCAAUAAAAAAUAAACACAUCUUAAUUCGUAAAAGUUUACGUAUUAAAAAUCAGAUAAAUUACUCCGAUACGCGUCCGUAUAUCAGAUCAUCUUUUGCACCUGUUCUAUAUUAUUGUCCAUAUUGUAAUCAUUUUCGAAAGAUAAAUUUUUGCAAAUGCUGUAAAAAAUCUAUCAAUGAUGAUUUUGAUUCCGAAUCUAACAAAACCACAACAUUAUCUUCAAUAACAAUAAUAACUGAAGAAUCUCAAAAAUCCCUUAAAAACAAAGGAAUUUUUGACGAUGUGAUUAAAAAAUAUUUUGCAAAAUAUAUUACAUCUCAAUCUGGAACAGUAGAAAACGAAAUAUCUUUUGAAGCAAAAUAUAGAUUACUUCUUAGCAAUUAUUUGCUCACUUGUGAUCUUGAAGAAAAAUAUCUUGCAACUUUAUCUCAUCUUACUUUAGUGGAAAAAUGUGGUAUUCCCGUUAGAGAAACGAAAAAUGCAAUCGAAACUCAACUUGUUAUUCAAUCAAAUUUGAAAAAAAAAUAUAAAGAAAUGAUUACCACUCACAAGAUCGACAGUAGAGAAUUUUUUUUGGUUGUACCAAUAACUUUAAAAAAGCAAAUUCUCAUCAGUAAAAGAAUUAAUCCUAAUAAAGAUUAUUUCGAUUAUUAUCACGUGCCAACUGGAAAAAGAAAAAGAAAUGAAACAUUUAACGAAUAUACGAUACGUGAAAUGAAGGAAGAAACCAGAAUAACAAUUAAAGAAUUAUUUUAUGUUGGAAUAAAUGAAAGAUUCCAAUUCGAACUAAACCUGAUAAGCAUGAUGAUUGGAUUUUUGUAG